AACAAACACGUUCGAAACCAAUUUUAUACUGAUGGAAUUUUAAUUUUGGUAAAUGACUGCAGGGUUGCAGCAGCAGCCAAGGCCACCAGCAAGGCAGCAAUGUCUAUUCAACCAAUUCAACUGCAGGCGCGAGUUGCGAUGUUGCGGGGAAGGUUAUGUGCGCGUGCUUGAAAAGUUCAUUUUCGUGUAUAAUUUUUUUUUACAUGCGUUCGCGUAGUACUCUAUAUGUCAAGCUUUGUGUGCUGUGCAUCGUCUUGUGUGUGUUCAUUUGGCGCUAUUCAAGGAAAAACGGCGAACGUGCGGCGGUUUGUUGGGAGGACGUGACGGAUGCCGAGAGGUUGUCGUGCAGGCCCGUGUGUCCCAGCGGCACCUUUGGGCUCCCUGGAAUGUCUUACUGUCAUGAUCUGUUGCUUUGCAAGGAUAUCAAGUAUGAAGUUCACGUACUGGACUUGCUAGCUUCGGGAACUGUAAAAAAUGUAUACAUUGCGAAAUGGAAACACCACACUGUGGUCCUGUCAAAUUUGACUGAAGCUCGACUUGAGCCAGACUUUCAGCACAAUUUACAGAUGUACCAACUUUUAGGCAAUGUUGAUUACACACCUCAAUAUAUUGGAUCCUGUAACAACACACUUGUCACAGAGUACUUUACUCUUGGUUCUGCUGCAGAGUUGCACAGCCUUUUCGACACAAAACUUGUUAGGUACAACGUCCUGUCACGACGCUUUUCCCUGUGCCUCAGCUAUGUUACCAUCCUGAAGUACCUCCAUACCCACAGUCGUGUUAUGUGCGACUCAAACACAUUGUUGAAGGCACUGUCACAAUACUUGAUUUACCCUGACUUGACUUUGCGACUCAAUGACAUGGACGCUCUGCCGUAUGCCACUCAUACUGAGAAGGCUGCCUGCGGUUCACCACCACUGCAAGGAGAACUGCUGGCACCAGAACAGCGAGGAGCUCUGCUGCACGAAUCACUGUGCACAACAGCAUGUGAUAUUUGGAAGAUUCCAGAUGUCUGUCUCUGGUUUCUGGGGAAAACAAGAGAAGCUGAAAGUUUUAAGUUUCAUCUGUUCUCAAUUCAUCGUCGAUGCAAGUUGCAGAAGCCAGAACAACGACCCAGUGCAGAGCAAGUUCUAAAGGACUAUCAGAGAGUUUGGCAGGAGUGGAUGCGAGGUCUUUAAAUUGAACUGUAAUAUUCAAUAGUCACAGCACAACAACACUUGUGAACGGGCAUGCUUUUGUGGACUUGCCUGCUUUUGGAGACAUUCACUGUUCGCAUGGUGUAUGCUGAACUGGAUACGGGGGGAGGGGGGGUAUUCUGUAAGUGUCCACCUAGUGGACCUGGCCAUUUCAUCUGCUGCUGAAGUUCUGGUUGGCUGGGCUGGGUUAUGCGUUUGGAGGAGACAGGUGCCCCCCAGCCAAUAAGCACUUCACCAGUAGAUGGAAUGGGCAUGUCCACUAGGUGGACACUUACAGAAUACUCCCCCCCAGUACUACAUUUGUCAAGGACACAUGGUAUACAGCUGUUACAGCAGCUGUGGAUUGAAAAGUUCCUGUUUGCCAAUCUUGUGGUUAUGCAUGAGUUGUGGCUGUAGCAUGAGUGUAACAUAAGCGUCAAGUAAAUGGAUGAUUUAUUAGACAGUUCUUUGCUUGCACAGAGACAUGCAUUUGUUUUAAGUUGAAUUUCUACAUAGAGGAGUACUCGUGUAACAUAUUCAACUUAUUCUUUUGCAUUAAAUGAAGGUUCAAGUCUUCCUAACUUUAUAAGAAAUACUAGCAAGCACCAGAACGCUCUAAACAAUUUACUAUAAUACUUAUUUUUACGAACCAGUUCUAGUUUCACCAGUCACGAGGCAGGUGUGUCAUGAAGUCGCAAAUCUGCCCUUAUUACGCACGGUUAGCACAUUCUGCUCUGUGUCAUGAUGUCACGAUGAUGCUAGGUCCAGCUCUUCAAGGCAACUUUAGUAUUAAACAAACCUUUGCAAUUGCCAAGUGCGAUUCCUUUAUGUGCGAGAAGUGUGUGGCAGAGUUUCUACAAGUUCUAAAAUAUGUGUCGGUGCUCCUCUUGGCUUCCGCUUUGCUAUGAAAUGGCUAAACCUCCUCCUGCAUGGCUGCAGCUGCAUGUGAGAAGUACCUUGACUGUGGAAACAGUGAGUUUAAAACUUUCCAGAGCCUGCCACCUAUGUUGGAAAAUAUGCUAACAUGUUCUGGUAGCCUUACUGCAUACGUAAACUUCACCUAAUGGCUACUGUGUGUAAACAUCUGCUCUGGCAUACUUACUGGAAUUGCUAAAUAAAGCUGAUGAGUGAUUUCUGUGACCUAC